AGAACGAUGGAGGGAGAACGGAUGCAGGGAGAGAGGAAGUCCUCUCUACUGAGGAACAGCUCGUGCAGGACAUCCUGGACAAGGGCCACAAGCAAUAUAAAAUCGGCCGCAUGCUUGGUGAAGGAGGAUGUGGCAGAGUUUAUGAAGGGACUCGCUGCGAGGAUGGACUUAAGGUGGCUGUGAAAUGUUCAGAGAAGUCGCCAGACAUGUCAUACAUCAGAGUGCGUGGUCAUCCCAAACGUCUGCCAAUGGAGAUUGGCCUGAUGCUCAUGGCCAACAAUGGCCCCAGCGUUUCCCAGAUCAUUAAGCUGCUUGACUGGGAGGAUGACACAGAUCACUACGUGAUAGUCAUGGAGCGACCAGUGCCUUGCGUGGAUUUGUUUACUUUUGUGGAUGAUGAAGAAAAGCUUGACGAGGGAAUUGCUAGAAAUAUUAUGCGGCAGAUUAUUGAUGCGGCUAAAACUUGCUGUGAUCGUGGCGUCUUCCAUCGUGAUAUAAAACUGGAGAACAUCUUGGUGAACCAGGACACCAUGGAGGUCAAAUUAAUUGACUUCGGCUGCGGUGCAGUCAUGAAGAGAUCUGCCUUCAAAUCCUUUUGUGGCACGAAAGAGUACUGUCCACCUGAGUUCAACUUGAAGGGCAGGUACAAAGCAAAGCCAACCACAGUGUGGACACUAGGGUUCAUCUUGUUUGAAAUGCUGUGCGGGGAUUGCCCUACAUCCAUCGAUCGACACAAGAUCACUGUGAACCUCUGGACCAGACCUGGCUUGUCAAAAGAAUGCUGCCAGAUGAUUUGUGAUUGUCUGCAGCCUGAUCCACAGAAGAGACUCAGUCUGGACAAGAUGCAUCUCCACGACUGGUUUAAGGUCACAGAGUAAAACACAACCUCAGAAAACAACUCCUGUCAUGGCCACCCUGUUGUUUUGUGUUGUAUUUUGUUUAUUGGUUUUGUUUGUGCACGGCAGUCGUCUGUGAGAGGCUG